UUUUGCCAACUAGACAAAGUCCUGUCAAUGGCAAAAUAAUGCAAUUUAUUUAUUGUUUACAUCGGUAUUUCCAUAAUAUUUUGAUGCCAAACAUUCGUCUGUGAUAUGUGACCUUUAUUCUAAUUAUUAAAAAUGUCGUGGCUUAAUUUGAACCAAAGUUUAAACAGCUUGAAAGGACAGAUUACAAACUUCGCUUCAGAAGUUUUAUCUGAAAGUGUUGUUCAGGCAAAUACCGAAGAAGCGACUGAAACUGAAACUUCAGCAAAGGAUCUUGAAGAUAAAUGCCACUAUCUAGAAGCCGAGAAUGCAACACUGAAGAAAUUAACAGAGGAGUUACAGGCAACACUGCAACAUGAGAGACUCUCCCGAAAAAAUGGCGUCAAGGAAGAUGAUUCGAGUUGGCAUUGGACUCCAUCACCCCAGACAUCAGAAUCACUCGAUCAUGAUACUGAAAAGCAAUACAAAUUACAAAUACAAGCGUUACAGAAUGAACUAUACAAUAUGAGAGAACGAGAUAUUACAGAGCAGGGAUCGGAUAACGAUGUAGAACUCAAUAGACUUCGUGAAGAAAAUAAAAAUUUAACUUGUAGUCUCGAAGACUUAGACAAUCAACAUCAGAUAGCGAUGGACAGAUUGCUCACUCUAAAGAAAGAGCUGCAAAAGAAUUUUGAAGUCCUUAAAAGUGAAUACGAAGAGCUCAAGAAUUCUAAUGAUGAAUACACGACGGAAAUAAAAUCACUCCUUUAUAAAAUAGGUGAAAGAGACCAACAAAUAGAGAUUUUAAAAGCCGUUCAACCUGAUUACGAUACUUUGCAUCACAAGUAUCAGAAUUUAGAAAGAAUUCACAGUUUGUUAAGAGAAAAUGCAGAGAAAUUUCAAGAAGAAAAUCAAGAGUUACACGAGGAAAUUUUUAAAUUACAGGAACAAGUCACGAAGCUAGACCAUGAUUUGGAGAUCUCAAAUAAACACAAUGAAGCACUCAUGGUCCCUAAAGAAAAAUAUGACGAACUUUUAAAAGAAAUUAAUGAACUCAAACAUAGGCGUGAUUCAAACCAAGUGCAUCUAGAUGAAAUAAAUAUAGACGAUAAUGCUAAAAGUGUCAUUGAAACUUUGAAAAGGGAUAUCAGUGAACUUAAACGUAAAUUAGCUCAAAAAGAUUCUGAAAAUCAAAAUAGCACAGAAAUUAAAGUUCUAAAACCUGAUAAGAUAACGCAACUGUAUAAUCGUUAUGUUACUUUUGAUUUGCCAGUAGAUUACGUUGGUGAAAUGCCUUCUGGUACUGAAAAUAUUGUUAUGCAAAAAUUAGAAAACGUGUUCAAAACUUUGAAUGCUUAUAAAAAAGAUUUGGACCAUUUGCAACAGAAGCUUUCGGAGAAAAAGUUAAAUAGCAAUAAUUUACAGACACAAAUAGAUGACUUAACCACCGAAAAUGAAUAUCUGACGUCUGACAUACAACAUCUUGAAGGUGAAUUAGAAGAAAUGAAGAAAAAUAACGAUUUCUUAAUAUCAGAGAUUGCUGCUUUAAAAAACACGUCGAAACUGGAGCCAAUUAUAGAAACACAUGAGGAUAACCUCGUUAAAUUAGAAACAGAAUUAGCUGAUUGUAACCGAAUUAAUAAAACAUUUGAAUCUGAAAUUAAAAGAAUAGAAAAUGAACUCAAAGAAGUACAAAGCCAAAAGAAAAUAUUACAAGAAAGCCUUAAUGACAUGAAAAAUAAAUACAUGUCUAUGCUCGAUGAGUUAAAAAUAUGUAAAACUCAGACAGAUGCUGUUAACGAGCUCGAAAAUAAUACAAAUGCUAAUCAUGAUAUAAAACUUCAGAAAACAAUAGAUGAAAUAGAUACUUUGAAAAAACAUUUAAACUCUGCUAACUCAAAGAAUGAACAACUUUCUAUCGAUAUACAUAUUAUUGAGAACGAUAAAGUGUUACUUAAUAAACAAGUGGAAGACCUACAAAAAGAAAUACAAGGUAAAACAACUUCUAAUAAAGAAAUGGAAUCAACUAUAAUAAACUUAGAGCAUAAAUUAAAAGACAUUCAAAAUAAAACAGACGAAAUCCUGCAGGGAAAAAAUGACCUUGAAAAAGAGAAUGAAACCUUAAAACAAAAAAUUGCAGAAAACAAAACAUUAGUUUCUUCUUCUACAGACGUUGAAAAAAUAUUAACUGAAAAGAACGAAAUAGCAAAUAAGUUAAAAGAAAUGGCCAAACAUAAUGACACGUUGGAAGAAAAAAUUAAACUGCUUUCCAAUGAAAUAGCAAACUUCAAAAAGGAACAAGAAGAAUUAAUUAAUGAAAAUAAUUAUUUACACAAGAAAACUAUGGAUGAUACCCAAAGUAUAAUUCAACUUCAAGCUACUGUUAAUGACUUAAAAACAAAAACUAAUCAGUUGGAUAGUAUCAAUAACGAAUUGCUUAUAGCUAAAGAAGAGAAUGAGGUUCUGAGGGACAAAAAACUGAAGCUUGAAGUUGAAUUAUCAACUACAGAUAGCAAAAUCGUUCAAUUAGAAGAAGAAUUUCAAAAACUUAUAACAGACCUCAAUGAAAAAGAUUCCAUAAUAGAUAACCUUAACUCGACGGUGAAUAAAAACAACAACGAAAUUUCAUAUCUUAGUCAAAAUGUGACAGACCUUGAGAAAAGUGUCCAAAUGAAAGAUCAAGAAAUUGGACAUCUCCAAAAUUCUCUCGACGAGGUGACACAGAAGUUAAACCGUAACGGUCUUGCCUCUAACCAAAGUCACGAGGAGCUACAAAAAUUACAUACAGAAAAAGAAGAAAUAAAUAAACAAAUAUAUGGACUGAAUGAUGAAAUUAACAAUAAAAAUAUAGAAAUAUCUAAAUUAACAAGUCAUCUUCAGGAUUUCGAAAAAUCUUAUGCGGAAAUGAAAUUUACCAUAGAUAAUAAAGACAAACAAAUAAAGGAGCUAAACCAAUCGAUAGUUGAAUUAACAGAUAAAAUAAAAGCAUCCGAAAAUACCACGCUGCCAAAUGACGAAUAUGCAAAAUUACUAGAAGAAAAACAAGGCGUAGAGAGAUUAGUAAGAGAAGUAAGAAACAGCUUAGAUAUUAAAGAAAAAGAGUUAUUGGAUGUAACGAGUAAGGCAACCGCCUUAGAAAAUGCAUGCGCGGAAUUUAAAGCUAUUAUAGAUAAUGCAACAGUUGAAAAAAACGAAUUAAUUAAGUUGGUUAAUAUGAAACAUAACGAAAGCAUACAAUAUCAUAACGAAAUUCAGAGGUUGAAUCAUGUUUUACUUGAACAGAAUACUGAGUUUAAGAGAAUCAUUGAGGAAAAAGACGCGUUAUUAAGGGAUCGUUCAAGUAACUGUACCACUUGUGAAACUAUACGUCAAACUCUCAAAGAGAAAGAUGAAAUAAUAUUAGCUUUGAAUCAAAGUACGAAUGAACACGAACGACUCAAAGUUGAAUUAGCUAAUGUAAGUGACACUGUACAAAAUUUAACGAAAAGAUGCGAAGAUUUGGAUAAAAGUUUGACAAUACAAUUGGACAUUGUAAAGAAAUUGACGGCAGAAAAUAUGCAGUUGUCAGAUCAAGAGCAGAGUUCGUCGCGAGAGCUGGAAAGGUUACGUCAUCAUCUAGUUGAAAUGGAAGAGAAUUAUACGCAGGAGCUAAUGACGUCAGAGCACAAGCUCACCGAAUGUCAAACCAGAUUACAUCAAGUUGAAGAAAGGGCUAAGCAGACGAGCACCGUGUACACCAGCAAUAGUAUCCGAGCAAACCAAGAAGUAGAAACUUUGAGGAAUCAAAUCAAACUAUUGGAAAAACAACGCGAGGAAGUCCAAGCGAGGCUGAGCGAAGCAGAAGACGCUAGAAGCAGAAGUGAAGCUGCUCUUACGAACUUGCAAGUAGUUUUAGAACAGUUCCAGUUAGACAAAGAGAGAGAUAUCCAUUCCGCAACAGAAAAAGUGAGAAACAAAAUGGAGGACAUCAAACGUCACAAUGAAAUUCUACAGCAGGAAAUAGCAAGGUUAAAUGGCAAGCUAGAAGAAUCAAUAGCUGGCCUUCAAGCUGCGACUAGACUUGGUGAUCAAGUUGAAACCAAGUCAGCACAGAUAAACGAUUUAAAGGAUCAAGUCCGCACUCUCCAAGCAUCGGUGACGGCGGCCGAGGAACGGUAUUACAACGCGAUAUCGAACCAGCAGGACAAAGUCGAUAAGAACUUAGUUAAGAACCUCGUUAUCAACUACGUCCUAACAGCGGGGCAAAACAGUCUCAACAGAACACAAAUUCUCCGAAUUCUUUCAACGGUCUUAGACUUCAAUCAGACGGAAUGUGAAAAGUUGGGACUCGUCCGAUCGGCCAACCAAGGAGACAGCUUGGCUGCUGAGUUUGUCAAGUUCCUGCAGAAUGAGUCUAGACCGAGGGCGCAGCUGCCCGAUAUGAUGGGUCUGCAAGGGGGGAGAGCGUCCGUGUCUAGUUCUAGGAAAAGUUCAACCAUUGGUCCCAAUCCAGUUUUCGAACUCGGUCAUAGAAGGAAUCCAUCGACGGGUUCCAAUAAUUUGCUAUUCCAAAACUUGGAUUCAAUGGAUACAGCUUCACAGGCGUCUGUCGAUUCUGAAGCGAGGGCCAUUCCAGUGAACACACUGGACACGGGAAUAAAUCAGACCAGGAACAAUGAGGGUGCAAUACUGAAGCAUGUUUUGAAGGAUAUGUGAUAUUUGUAAUGUAAUAACAUUGAUUGGUUUUGAAUGUCCGACGCCAUUAUUUAUUAUAUUCGAAUUAAAGUGUUAUAUAUGUUAAUAAGAUUUUUUUAUAAAUACAAUCCGAAUGUGUCAUUUUUUAUUUUACUCUCGAUUUAAAAACGAUGUUUAAUCUGUGUUUAUAUUAAUUCCACGUUAAUAUUAUAAUUUAGCUGAUUCAAAUCAUAAGUUAAUUGUUCGUAAACAAUGCGUGCGUGUUUAUCCGAUACUUGUAGCAAUAAUUAUCAAUAAAUAUAUUAAAAAAAAGUAUUUAAUCGAAGAUAUUAAUAGCUUGAAGUUUAUUUUUUCAUCAUUGAAUUGUAUACUAUUAAGAUUGUCGUUCAUGACGUCAUACAUUAUAUUAAAAUAUAAUUUAAUAUAAACGCUAGUAGUUUCAUAAGCAUUUAAAUUAAUAAUUAUUCAAUAUGAGAAACGAAUCCGUGACUAUAUAAUUAAUAUACAGAAAAUAAUAAUAAUUACCGGUAUUUAAAUAUUACAGUCUCUUGUCAAAGUAUCUUUCCAAGCAAUGUUAGCAAUCUAAGAGGUAACUCCAAUCGUACGACCGAUUUCAAUAUAUUAAUUUGCGUCAUAAUUAUCGAAUUAAUAUACUACUAAUUAUUUAAUUAAUAUUUAUUUAUAUUUCAUAUGUACGAAAAAAAUAUAAAAUAAAAAUAAUUCAAUUUGUGCUUGAUGCAAUUGGCAACUGUGUCCACAUUCUGUCAAAUGUGACAUUUCUAUUGCUUGAUCUAAAUUCGAAUUAAGCAAUUAAUACACAAUUAGGUUAAGAAUUAACAAGGGAAUUGCUACUACUAUGCUUAUCUUCAAAAUUAAUUUAUUAAUUAAUUGACUUCUUUCUCUCGACUGAACCGAUUCGUUCUGUGCCCUGUAUGUCGGCUCAACUAAAAGCCAUUAAAAAAAUUGAGUUCAAUGAAUAUAUAAUACUUAAGAUUUUUUGCCCAGUUGCCACAAAUAAAAGUCAUACAAAAAUUCAAAGGAGUAUAUCUGUAAAGUUUGCUAAUAUUUGCGUAUCCUUUUUUAUUUUUUUUAUUUCUGCCUUCGUCAUAUUUUCCGUAUAGUCAUAAAUUCGUUUCGCAUUAUACAUUGUAUAAAUAUAUAGCAUUUUAUUUAAAUUUUAAGUUAUAGAAUUAGUUACAUCAUUGAUUAAUAUGAAUUCUAAUUUCAAAUUAUUUUUUUUGUUAUAAUAUUAAUUUUAACAACAGGAACAUAGUAUUUAAUUUGUAAUGUAUGUAUGUAUGUUUUUAAAUUUACAAAAUAUCUCAUAUAUAUUUCUGAUUUUGUUUUUAACUUAGACAACAAUAGUUUAUUCUAUUUUCUUUUCUCUCUACCUUUGCCUUUAUUAUCCAUUUCAAAUGAAUCAAGUUGAUAGAGACAGCACUAUACACGAGAACGAGAUAGCAUACUUCAAAAGUAGAAACCUUGUGUAUAUAAUAUUUUAUUGUAAAAAUGUAAACAUGUAUAUUAAUUGGAUGAAAAGUCAAAUUUGUUUUGAAUAAUGAAGGGAUCUCUUAACAAUUUGAUUAUAAAUAAAUUAAUUAUUUUUAACGCGUGCGCUGUAGUACACAGAUACGUAUUUUUAUAUGUAUAUAUAUUUAAAGACGAAUGGGCCAUUUUAUGUUUCCUUUAACCCCAUACACUGAUAGUGCAACAAGGAAAAAACACUUUCUAGUAUUCUUAUCUCUGUCACACAUUUAUUUUUAUGUUCUAUGAUAAAAUAAUAAAAAAUAAAUGUUUUAAAUAUAAGAAAACUUUGCUCGUAUAGCGCUGUCUCUGUCACACCCGUACUUUCAUUAGAGUAGCUUGUAUAUUUGUAAAUGACGUAGUUUCGUUUUAGUCGCUUGUUUAUAUAAUGUUCAAAUUAUUGUGAUUUAUAAUUUAUAUGAAAAUAAAGUAAUAAAUGCUU